AUGAAGGACCUCACCACGGAAAACAUCACCGAGAACGUACACGCCAUCAACAGUCAGUGUACGAAUCCUAGGACGAGAUACAUCUUUGAACGACUGGUGUCACACCUUCAUGACUUCGCGAGAGAAACACGGCUCUCGACAGACGAAUGGAUGACCGGACUAGACUUCUUAACAGAUGUCGGCCAAAUCAGUACCGAUCUGCGUAGAGAGAUGAUUUUACUCUCGGACACUUUAGGGCUGAGUGCUCUGGUUGACUCAAUUGAUCACCCACGCACUGGAAAAUCAACAGAAGGGACAGUUCUUGGCCCGUUCCAUACCCACGAUGCACGCGAAGUAGAGAACGGCUACUCCAUCCACAAAGAUCCCGAAGGAACACCUCUGCUGGUCUUGUGCACAGUCAGAGAUACUGCCGGUAACCCGCUUCAAGGUGUCCAAGUAGAUGUCUGGGAAGGCGAUUCGCAUGGAAAUUACGACGUUCAAUAUCCCGACAGAGACGGUCCUGACGGUAGAGGUAUAUUGUUCUCAGAGCAUGAUGGAUCAUUUUGGUUCAAGGCAGUCAAGCCCGUGUCAUAUCCGAUACCCAUGGACGGACCAGUGUACAGCAUGCUUCAGAUGUUGGGUAGGCAUCCAAACAGACCUGGCCACGUUCACUUCCUGUUGAGAAAGGACAGCUUUGACCCUCUCAUCACCGCAUUGUAUCCUCGGGGUGAUCCAUACGAGGCUUCGGAUCCUGUGUUUGGCGUCAAGGAUUCGUUGAUUGUUGAUCUGUCGGAAGUCACAGAUGCCCAACUAGCAAAGAGGUACGGUGUCGUAGAAGGAACAGCGCUCUUGACCUACGAUUUUGUCCUGGUAUCGGUGACGGAGACGCUUAAGCUUCGUAAAGAGAAAGCCGAAGAAGCCAUCAAGAAGAUGGGAAGAAGUAUGGAGGAUUUUCAAGGCCUUCCAAUAUUGGACGUUGAUUGA